GCUGGGUCUAUGAGGUUGAGCACAGCAAUGGGAACUGUGGAAAAAGGGCUUGGGGUGGACCAGGCCAGUGAGACUGUGCUGAGCUGAGACCCCCACCACCGCCCGCGAGCUGCUGGUCUGGGCUGCCGGAGCCUGUGCCCUCCAGAGAGGGCAGCAGGGAGAGAGACGCUGGGCUCCCAGCGGUCAGAGAGUGGGUGUGCGCUGUGUGCCCUCUUCCCUCUGAGAGCCAGUCUGUGAUUCCUCUGCCAGGCGGGUGAGGGCUUCGUGACAGACUUGAAUUAUCCUGUACCUUAUCCGCCCCGUGAACAGAAGCGAGCAAUAGGAAUACUGAAUGGAAAGGCGGAGUUUUGUUCCGCUUUUAAGAGACUUGGAUUAAGUGCAGUUUCGUUUUCGCCCAGACUGAUUUGCUUUUGUUAUUUUGCUUCUGUAAUCGAGCUUCAAUAUUUUCAAGUGAGUUACUGUUUUCUUCUGCCCUUGCUGAGCUGGAGUCGCCGUCUAAUACAAUCUAUUUGGAACAAAACUGUAUUAACCGAUCUGAACGAUUAAUGCCCUACCGAUAACCAGCUUCACAAUGAGGUGCUCCACACUGCUCAUCUUUCUGAUUGUAUGCUGUACAGCAGGGAUGAUGGUGAAUUUCUUGUUUCUUAAUCUUGCAGAUCCUUUGUAUCUGGGAGACGACCAGGAGGAAAUAAUUAAUACUAAAGGAGGUUUGAGACCCUGGGCGGCAUGGUGGUGUCACAGCUAUUGGAUCCUGGGUUUGGCACAAAAUAGUAGUCACUGGUUUUCCAAGGCCUUGACAGAUUAUUUGCCAAAUUAUGAAGGUAUGAAGACUGAAGAAGGUUUGCCUGUAUGGUUAGAGCCAACAGUAAUUGGAUUAUUCCUGUAUAUUUUUCUCGUUUUUUGUUGCCUUUGGAUUUUCUGCAGAAAGAGAAAGCAAGGUGAUGCACAGGGUUACUCCCGUCUCCCAUCAGGUGUGGAGGAAAAGGAGAGAGAAAGUGGUGUAUUUCUAGAGAGGAGAAUAACAGUACUUGAACAACAAAUUACACAGCUGCGUGAUGAUAACAAGAGAAUAACAAUGGUUGAACAACAGAUUAAAGAGCUCAUUGAUAAUAAAAGGAGCAUAAAUCAGGGUGAAGGAGAUGUGAAAAGGAGGGAUAAGGAAGAUGAGAGAAUAUCAAAGCUGGAACAACAGGUUAAAGAGCUGUGUGAUGACAAAUACAUCCAGACAGUGAGAUGUUCCAUGACAGGUAUUUUAUUUUGCUUUGAACAAAUUUGAUUGAUUUUAAUUUAAUUCUACAG